AUUAUUAGUAAUAACAAAAAUAUAACAACGCUACACAACGGUCCAUUUUUCAAUAAUUAGGGUCCACUAUGGGCCUUAGAUAUAUAUUUUUUUGUGUUUUACUGUUUUACAUAUCGAAUGCACGUGUUAUCGAAGAAACAUGUCCUAGUUAUUGUGUUUGUGAUAUAAUAAACGAUUACAGACGAGCGACAUGCCAAAGUAAAAAUCUUAUUACAGUGGAAAUCGCAAUUUCGCCUCUUGUGGAGUACUUGGAUUUAUCGCAUAAUCACAUUAGUGAUUUGAAUAGACAAGUUUUUUCAGACCUGCACCUGACAGAAUUGAAAUGGUUGAAUUUAUCCUAUAAUAAAAUCAGCCAAAUAGAUUUAUACGCUUUCGAAGGUUUGGAACAGUUGACAAGCUUGGAUCUUUCUUACAACAGGAUCCAAUAUUUCUUGGAUCAAUGGUGGUUGAGCCUUAACAAUUUAAAAGAAUUAUAUCUAAGAGGAAACAGUUUGGCAUCAAUCAAUAGCCAGCCUCCCAUAUCUCUACCAGAAUUAAAAAUACUGGAUCUAAGUGACAAUAAAGUUGCAAAUUUUCACACAAUAGUAUUUGAGAAUAUACCGAAUGUGGAAGUAUUGGACAUCAGUGACAACUACCUUAUCAAUAUACAUGCAGAACUAUUCAAACCGAUAACUAAGUUGAAAUUAUUGAUAGCUAACGGAAUCAGUUUAAACUGUAAAGACAGAUCCACUCUUCUUCUUGAACAAUAUAUUGAAGGAAAUAACAUAAGCUAUGUCGGACCUUGUAAAAAAGAAGAUAAAAUAGAUAAUGCUGCCCCAAAGUUUGAACGAAUGAUGAUGUUAAAUGAAGAUACAACAAAACAAGAGAAAUUAGAAGCUGCUGAUGUAAUUCCUAGAUCAUCUAACAGUAAGCGGAACUCAAUCCCACAAAUUGAAAACGAAAAGAAAAACAAAUAUAAAACGGCAUGGAAACAGUGGGAGAUAAGUAAAGAUAUAACAGAUGCAGCUUUGAAAAAGAAAAAAAUAUUUAACGGUGUUAAUGCAGCAAAAAAUUCCUGGUCCUUAAAUGACCGAAAAUUUCAGAAAGUAGGAGCAUUUGGAAGCGAUAAGAAUUGUGCAGGAUCACCAAACCUCGAGAACAUAAAAAUUGAUAGUUUUGGAAGUUUCUUCAAGUACAUAGCUGCCAAAAUUAGCUUAGCAUCUCCCGGAGGAGCUGCAGUACUAAGUGGUGUUUGUGGAUUCAUAAUAGGUGUGUUCACAGGACAAACUCAGAAAGGACAAGUCAUAACAAAGAAACUUAAAGUAGUACUGAAAAAAUUCAUUCCCUUUGUAUUAAAAUUCAUACCAGGAGUCCCAUUCAUUUCUGAUACCUCUCGUAACCUAAAUAGCAAUGAUGAUCAAGGAGGUGAUGAAAAAGAUGGCAAACCAGGUAAGAAGAAACAGAAAAAUGAGGAGAAAACAAAGAAGACAAAAAAGAACAAUAAAGGAGAAGAUGAAGAACAUCUUAUCGAAGAUCUGGACAAACACAAUGAUGAGGGAGAUGAAGUACUAGUUGAUGAAGAUAUUAAAACGAAAAGAAAAUUUAAGAGAGGAACAAGACAUUCUGUUGAAGAUCGAGUGUACUUAUUAGACGAAGAAGAGAUUCUAGACGGUUCGACACCUGCAAUGAAGAAAAAGGAUCGAUCAUUGCAUGAAUAUCGAAUUAAAAAAGAAUUUAAUACAGAUGAAUCAAAACUUAAGAAAUCUGACAUUCCAGGUCCAAACGAGAAGGGAAAUAGGACGACGAAAUUUAUAUGGGAAAGAGGAAUUGAGAAAGAACAAUCAGAUGAUUCAGAGGAAGAAGUUGAAGAACUUAAGUCUAGAUCUUCAUUGUCAGGCCCGUCAUCAAGAUUGGUUCGCAAGCCUGACACAGAUAAAAUUUUAGAAAGUGAUGAUUCCUCUCCUAGCAUCACAAAAGAAGAUGAGGACAAAACCAAUGAUUAAAUUAGUUACCAUUAAUAUUAUAUUUUCAAUAAAUUUCUGUGAAACAUGA